CAAAAGCAUAAACAGGGGUGGCAUUGUUCGUCAUCUUGGGCAGCUGCUUGGCUUGGCAUGUGUGCCAUAGGACUGGCAUGCUAAUUUGGCCUCUGCUGGCACAGGAUGGCGUUGUCUAGCUGGUGUUGCUUUUGAAGAAUUUGGUUCAGGUGCUGAGAAAUGACAGAGCUGCAGAACCUAGUUGAACGGUUGGAAAGAGCAGUGGGGCGCUUGGAGAUGAUGUCUCAUGGUCCCAGCGUUCACGGUGGCUGUGGGGAUAGCCCUCAGAAAGGAGUAGCUGAGUAUGUACAAGCCUUUGACGCUCUUUUGGCAGGUCCAGUAGCUGAAUAUGUGAAAAUAAGCAGAGAGAUUGGCGGCGAUGUCCAAAAACACGCUGACAUGGUCCAUGCAGGGUUGAUGACAGAAAGAGCUCUUCUGGUGACAGCAUCUCAGUGCCAGCAACCCACAGCGAACAACUUUUCAUCCCUACUGAAGCCAAUAUCUGAUCAGAUCCAAGUGGUCCAGAAUUUCCGGGAGAAGAACCGUGGCAGCAAACUCUUCAACCAUCUUUCAGCAGUUGGCGAGAGCAUCCCUGCACUAGGUUGGGUUGCCAUGGCUCCCAAACCAGGCCCUUACGUGAAGGAAAUGACAGACGCAGCCACGUUUUAUACCAACCGGGUCCUCAAGGAAUAUAAAGAUGUCAAUAAGAAGCAUGUGGACUGGGUGAAAGCCUAUCUGAGCAUCUGGACAGAGCUGCAGGCGUACAUUAAGGAGUAUCACACCACUGGCUUGACCUGGAGCAAAACGGGACCAAUCCCCACUGACAAUGAAAACGGGUCUCAGACUCCUUCUCCUCCUCCUCAUGGCAGCCCUCCACCACCACCGCCUGGCCCUCCACCCCCUCCCGCUCCUGCCCCUGUCUGUUCAGGCUCAGAUGACUCUGCGUCCCGUUCGGCUCUUUUUGCUCAGAUCAACCAGGGAGAAGCCAUUACUUCUGGCCUAAAGCACGUAUCUGAUGACAUGAAAACCCACAAGAACCCGACGCUGAAGAGCCAAGGGGGCCCAGUGCGAACAGGACCAAAGCCCUUCACAGCUCCAAAACCGACAGGUGCUCUGAACACCUCUCAGAAACCACCUGCGAAGAAGGAACCACCCAUGCUGGAGCUGGAAGGCAAGAAAUGGAGAGUGGAGAACCAAGAGAAUGCCUCCAACUUGGUGAUCAGUGACACAGAGCUGAAGCAAGUGGCUUACGUCUAUAAGUGUGUGAACAGUACACUUCAUAUCAAAGGCAAGAUCAACUCCAUUACACUGGAUAAUUGCAAGAAGCUGGGUCUGGUGUUUGAUGAUGUGGUGGGAAUCGUAGAGAUUAUAAACAGCCGGGAUGUUCAAGUUCAGGUAAUGGGUAAAGUGCCAACCAUUUCUAUCAACAAGACAGACGGUUGUCAUGUCUACCUGAGUAAGGAAUCCUUAGACUGCGAGAUUGUCAGUGCCAAGUCUUCAGAGAUGAACGUUCUCGUUCCCACGGACAGCGGUGACUUUAACGAGUUUCCCAUCCCUGAACAGUUCAAAACGCUGUGGAACGGGAAGAAGUUAGUCACCACUGUGACAGAAAUUGCCGGAUAAACUGAACUGGCAACUCAAUCACCCUCUCCUCGCCCCACCAUUACUGUGGGACAAAAUCAGCUUUCUUGGGGAUGAUUUUUAGAUUUCCUGUACCUUUUCCGCUCUCAGUCUGCUUCUGUCUUCUUGAGAGACUCGCCUACCUUCCUUCACUGAAAAUACCUCAGGCUGGGAUUUGGGGUAGGGUGGCAGGAUCAUUUUUGUCAAUCUAUGGAACUACAGGAAGGUGGGAUGUUUUCCUCGUGGUUGGACAAAACCACAUCACCAAUCAGGUUUUGUCUUGCCCAUUUUUGCUGAUUAUCAGCAAAGCCAUUAUCAGUGGCUGGCUUCUAAGUGUUUUGUUCCCCCACUACUUUCAUUUAAGCAAGAAACGCUCUCCCUCUUGGAACGAGUAUCAGGGUAUGGAGUCCCCAGUAAUGUGUAUGUGAAAGUGUCUAUGGCAAGUGUGGUUUAGGGAAGUACAAGGGAAUUGACUAAAUUAACCAGGGGUGUUUUUUAAACAAAAGUUUCAAGGAAUGGCUUUGCUGGACCAAAGGCUGAGAGGACUGGGGUGUGUCACAUUCCUCCUUCCCUCUGAUUAUUUUUUCUCCUUCCUGUGUGCUCAGUGUAAAAUUCUGUGUUGUGCCAUGAUGUUGGGGGAGACAUCUCAGUUACAGGUGCCACAAGACAACCAUAGAACAGACCUCCCCCAACCUUUUAGGGAGUCUGUCCAGCAGCUUAGGAAGCUGCCACUCACCCACUUCCAUUUAAGGCCUCCUUUAAAGGGAAAGUUGUGCCCAAAGGGUCCCUCUUCUGAGCAACUCAACAUUGUUCGGUCUUCCAGGACAGUUUAUUUUCCCUUUGGAACCCAUCUCUUUUUCUAAGGAGGGAUAAGUUCUCCAUUCCGGGUCAAGUAUUUAUUCUUUCUAAGCACAAGUUCAGUCAUUUCAUCAGCUUAUUGACAUUGUAUAAUAGAGUCUGGGAAGCUUUCCUUCUCUAGCUGUCCCUUUUCCUUGUUGCUUGGCUUCUUCCUCUCUGCAGAAAGUCUGGUGUGUGUUAGCAAGCAUGGCGCUGCAGUGGUUGCGCCAAAGCCAAAAGGCAUGGUACUGUACUGACCCACCAAAGGGAGCUACCUGUGCACCUGAAUCGUAGUGUCUUGGAUAGCAUAAGCAUAUCUUAUUUCCUUCUUUGCCAGUUAAUGAGGUUUAUUUUCCACUAAAAAGAAACUUAACAGAAGAUAUGCAAUUCCUCUUUUUAUUUUGAAACUGUCCUGUGACUUGUACUUCUCUCCUGAGGCUUGUGGAAAUAAAACCUUUCUUAUGUACUUAAAAUUAUACUGAAGAUAGAAUAAAGUUAAUGCCAAGUUGCUCAUUAA